UUAGUUCACAUAUACUGUUGAAUGUAGAAGCUAUGUUUGCUUUCAAGUGUUAUUAAAACAAACUAAUAUUUUUUAAAUUAAAUUUUAUUAAUUAAAAUUAGUCGCAACAUGUUUUUUAUCAUUUUUGGCAUUAUUGGAAUCUUAGUGUUGUUUCAUGUUUAUUUCAUGAAACUUUAUAAAUAUUGGGACCAAAAUGGUAUUCCAACAUAUCUCCGAUAUCAUCCAUACAUUGAUUUUGUACGUGUUAUUUUGAAUAAAAAUAAUUUUCAUGAAGAUAUUAUUCAGCUAUACAAUGGAUUACCCGAUAAGCAGGUAUAUGGAUCUUAUCCGUUUAGAAUCCCGCAACUGAUUGUUAAAGAUCCAGAUAUAAUACGAAAUAUAAUGGUUAAAGACUUUGAUCAUUUUGUUAAUCAUUUGGAUGGAUUUUUCAAUGCAGAUCCAUUAUUUGGGAAAUCCUUAUUCGCAUUAAAAGACAAGAAAUGGCGUGAUAUGAGAACAAUAUUAAGUCCUGUAUUUACUGGCAGCAAAUUACGUGGUCUAUGUGAAUUGAUUUCGGAAUGUGGUACUCAAACUAUGGAUCAUUAUUCUGAAAUGUGUCGCCAAAAACAAAAUAAUGUAUUAAAAAUUGAUUUUUUGGAUGCUUGUACACGAUUUACGAAUGACGUGAUUGCAUCUGUGGCAUUUGGUAUAAAAGUUAAUUCUUUAACUCAUCCAAAUAAUGAAUUCUUUAAUGCUGGUCAUGAAAUUUCGAAAUUCGCAACAUGGCGUAUGUUUUUAAUUUUUAAAUUUCCAAGCUUAUGCAAGAUUUUUAAAAUCCGUUUCGCACCUAAUUAUGUCUAUGACUUUUUUACAAAUAUAACGGAAAGUACACUUCGCGCUCGAAAAGAGCAAAAUAUUAUGCGCUAUGAUAUAAUUUAUUUGUUAACAGAAGCUCAAAAGGAACAAAUUAAGAACGAUCCUUCAUCGAAAAACAUACUUACAACCGAAGAUAUUACUUCCCAAGUAGUUAUCUUCUUUUUAGCUGGCUACGCCAAUGUAGCAAUAAUAAUGGCAUUUGCAGCUUAUGAAUUGGCUUUACAACCAGACUUACAAAAGCGAUUGCAAAAGGAAAUCGAUACCGUUUUAAAAGAAAAUAAUGGGAAAUUAGACUAUGAAGUAAUAAAAUCGAUGAAAUUCUUAGACAUGGUUGUUACAGAAACAUUACGAAAGUGGCCACCUUCAGCAGCUUUAGAUCGGCAAUGCAACAAAUCAUUUGAAAUUAAUACUAAUAACAAUGAAACAAUAAAUGUUAAACCAGGUAUGAUAAUAAAUAUACCGGUUAUGGGAUUACAUUAUGAUCCAAAAUACUACCCAAAUCCUGAAAAGUUUGAUCCAGAACGAUUUAAUGAUGAAAAUAAAGCCAAAUUAAAUCCAUACACAUAUUUACCAUUUGGUUAUGGGCCACGUGUUUGUAUUGCUAGUCGUUUUGUGAUAUUAGAAACAAAAAUGUUUUUGAUACAGUUAUUAUCAAAGUUUAAUGUCGUGGUCACAGAAAAGACACCAAUACCGAUCCGCUUAGUACGGGGAAGUAUUUUAAAACCGGACACUGAUUUUGGUCUGGGACUACAAUUAAGACAAUAAUUUUUUUAUGUAUGUAAAU